UGAGUGCACAUGGGACUGGGAGCUGUGGUAAACUGGCUGCACUUUUACACCAGUAUUUAGGUGUUCCUUGUUGUCUAAUAGCAGCAUUUUACAUAUGGUGAGAUAAUCCCUAAUCUGCAGAAGAUCUGAAGGUCACACAAAAGAAAAACAAUGGCCACUGAGAAAACCGAGUCUCUGCCUGCUCUACGUGAGGCACAAGUUAAUCAUACAUCACCAAAACAGCAGAUGGAGCAUAUAAAUGUCCCAUCCCUAGCUGGGAAACUAGAACAUUUAGCCCAGAAUACCCCUCUGCGUUUCAGCGCCGAGGCUUUGAGACCCCUUACCAAAAACACGUCUCGCUUCGGUAAUCUCAGCCAGCAUUCCUUCUUUUCAAGGCACAGCCCCCAUCCGCAUCGUGUAACUCACAUCCAAGGACUUAAUGGAAGCCCAAUAUGUAUUGUCAAUGAUGACUGGUCUGUUACAUCUCCGCUCUACCCACAUCCCAUGGUUAAGAGACAGUUUCCCACUAACACAUUGGGAGUGCCAUGCAGCAUCCAGGUACCCAUAGGAGACCCAUAUGGGAAUAUGGUUCCAUAUCUUGGAUCUGCCGCCGUAUCAGAGGCUUGGAGAGAAGAGCUGAAGGAACUUGCUGCAAAAGUCUGUACUUCUGAUAAACAGUUAGACAUAAAGGAGGUAGAGGAGCCCCGCAGGUCUACACAAUAUUCAGCGGAAACCGGGCGCCUCAUACCACCAUCAUCACGAGCAAUGACCCGUCAGGCAUCCCGAAAAGCCAACAGGAACAACAUCAACAACAAAGGAAAAAGCUCUUCUGUGUAUCUUCAGGACCAGGAGCUGAUGAUCCUGGAACUUCUCUGCCAGAUUCUACAAACAGAUUCGCUUUCAGCAAUACAGCAGUGGUUGCUGUCGGCCGGACAGAGGGAGAAAGACCUUGUUAUGGGUAUGAUCCAGACGGCAACAGCCAAUACGCCUCUAGAGCCACAAACCAUCGAUAGAUCAAUGGGAGACAAGAUACAUUCUCACACCGUCCAAAGACUGAUGUCACGCGAUGAGCACUUAGAGCGGAAAAGUACUAGCAGCAAAUCUAACCACAAAAUGAAACAAGAACCUAUCUCAGAGGAAGAUAAACCAGAGCGUAUUGGCUCUGCAGAAGUUCUUCAAGUGCACUCGCAAGAGGAUGAAAACCAGAGCAAGCCUGGAUCUUCCAAAUAAAUUCCACCCCUCAUCUCUAGAAGCCAAUCAGAUGACAUUCCUUAGUAUGACUUGAUUAUUGUCUAUUUUAUGUAUUGUUGACAAACAUUUUAAGAAAUAUGAGUAUUUUAAUAUUGCAUUAUAUGUUAAGGAACCCAAAAUCCUGGAUUUUAUGUAGACUGUGUUGUCACCAUCAAUAUAAUAUUUACAUGUAUUUUAUUAAAAUACUUUAAAAGCAAAGAAUAAAGUUCUGGAAAAAGGAGCUUUUACAUAAAA